AUGGCGUCUCUCCUACGCACCCUCUCGCUUUCCGUGAGGACACUGAGGCCGAGCAAUGCCCUUGGGGCAUUUGCGAUCCGGAAUCCUUCGUCAAUGAUGGGCGCAGUGCCCUCGCUCUUCGCCAACACCAGCGCCGCCGCUGCGCCGACAGCCUUGAUGCAACAGACUCGAGGGAUGAAGGUCCACAGCUCGGUGAAAAAGCGCUGCGAACACUGCAAGGUCGUUCGACGAAAGGCCGGCAAGCGACACAACGGAUACUUGUAUAUUAUCUGCAAGGCGAACCCUCGACACAAACAGCGUCAAAGUUAA